GUACAUGACCUAUAAUUUCAUCCUUAGUCAUCAUAUUUUAAAACAAAUUUAUAAUUUCUUUUAAACAUUUUCAUUCUGUCGAUGUUUCAAGACAAAGGAUGAAAAUAUGUUUGGAGGUGAAUAUAAAUCAAAACCCAAGGUAUCUCUUGGAGGGAAAAGCAAAAAGGUACAAACGUAUAUAGAUAGAUUAUGAAUCACUGAAUUCCCUAUGGCAUUGAUGUCAUCCACAAAAAAAUUGACAGCAAAUGAAAGUUGGAAACGUAUGAAACUAUUUAUACUAAACAAGCUGAAAUUUAUACGUUUAUAAUUAUGUAUAUUAUAUCAGAAUACUGAAUACUGUAUUUAUUACAUUCAGUUUAGAAUCAAUAGCAUUUCUAGUAAAAAGAAUGUGAUCAAUCCCCAAAUUGUACUAUUUACUAAGUCUAUUUUGAGCAUUAAUCACAUCAUCUUCAGGUUAUAUGAGCAAUGAGCUCCAGAUAUAUCUGGAGCAAGAACUUCAGUCAUUCAGCCAAUGAAUAAAGUGAAGUCAAGAUGUCGGCCAAUUAUGUCCAGUAUCUCUGAAGGUUGUAAACAGUUCAUACCAUUUCCCCCCAGCUAAUUCCUCACCGUAUCGCUAACCAAAUUAUCAAUCAUAAAACCAUCGUGUUAUUCUUUAAAUCCAUGCCAUAAUAUGAAAUUUCGGCACACUCCUUGCCAAGAUGGCAGAAAUUGAAGGAGCUAUUGGACGUCAGUUCCAGUCCCUUUCUAUUGUUUUUGUCUGCACGGUUAACAUGAACGUACGUGGCUUGACUCUUUUGAUUUGAGUUCAUAUUUUUAGUUCAUAGUUCAGCACGAUAAUGUAGAAUACAUGUACACAACACAAACUGACAACCGAUUUUGUGACCUAUAUCAGGGUGUCCUAGUUUACGCUUUCUGGUUGCCUAGUUUUUCAAUUUUUACCAUUUUUUUUCCUAAAAUUGGAAUAUUUAUGAGAUUGGGUUCCCAGGCACAACUGGCCUCAUUUGGAACCUUGCACUGAUGAGGGCUGUCAAAUAGAUUUUGUCCAGCGAUUGCGACUUGUUUCACAUAGUUAAAAGUAUAAUAAUUGCCGAGCUAUCAAUCCUCAAAUCAAUAUUGAAGUUGAAUAUUGAAUCAAUAUUGAAGUCGGGUGCAACUAAGUCGCACCUGACUUAGUCAAAAUCCAUCUCUAACUCUUAAAGUUCCUUUUUGUAAAACCAGAACAUUCCAAACGUCAGGUACUUUAAUCGAAUAGUAAAACUAUGGAACACAACCUGUAAAAUACUUACUCCUUCUAGUUUGUCGAGUCUUUCAACUUUCAAAUGUUCAAUUAAACUCAUGUAUCAUAAUUUAAAUACUCAAAUUUUUUAUGUUGAUCAACCGUGUAGUCACUACAUGCAUGGACCCUCGUACGUGGUUGCUCCUGCCAUAGGACAUAAACUUACUUUUUUAGGGGAAGUGCCCUGCAUGGGACUUUGAGUCCUGUUCGCACUUCCCAAUUGGGUUCUUUUGUUCAGUUGUUAUUUUAAAUUAGUGUAUCUUUGCCAAUUUAUUUGUUAGUAUAAUUAUUGUAAAUAUAGUUGUUAAUGACCCAAUAAAGUUCUUUAAAUAAAAAAAAAUCAGCAGCUGCAGGAGUCUGUCGCAAGUGCUGCAUGCAUGUAACCAUGCCUUUACCCUGCCGCGCAGUAAUUAUUGCUACUUCCAAUUAAGCCAUACAUUCAUAAUAGGAAGAUGUAUUUAUUAAAAUAACUCAGGUAAUGUAUCUAUUAAAAUAACUAUUGUCAGUAGCACAAUGAUAUGUACCAGCUACUAUAUGGUCUUCUUGUACAGGUUAUCUGACACAAAAAAUGCAGAUUAGCGAUUUUAUUCUAUAUUAAUUUUCUACUGCAAUAUUAUGCCACAACAUGAAUUUUUCAAAGUACCAAAUGAAAAACUGUGGUUUGUUCCGAAGUGUUCUAGAUCGCUAGUUUGUUAGUGUUGCAAAGUUGCUAAGCAAUGCAAACAUUGAAAAUCUUUUAAAUUAAAUAGAUUAUUGUUGGGAAAUUUAAAUAUUAUUUGAUCUUUUAAACAUAAGUUGUUCAUGCAUGUUAACAAUACAUUUUUUGUAUAUGUACAUUUUCAUACAUUUUCAAGAAAUACAAAUCUCAUCUUGUGCUUUUUGGAUAAGUUACUGUAAUAAUCUAACUUGAAAAUUAACUUAAAUUAAGCUAGUUAAUUAAAAUUGAGUGCAAUUGGUGAUUCACCCAAUGGCAAUUUUGUUUAAUUUCAUAGGAGAAAAGAUCAUCUUUGAUUCAUAGAAAUCAAACAGAGAGGGAAAAGCGAGAGGUAGGAUCAUAACUGAUUUUUUGGAUCUCUACUCUAUAUUUAGUUACCAGGAUUCUUAAAUAGACUCAGUUCCGGUUCCAGCCAGCUGUAACCUAAAAUGUUGGUCUGUCAAAAUUCAAUAGCUACAAGUUGAACACCAAUUAUACUUAUACAAAUCGAGCAACACUUACUCGAAUUGAGCAGACUGAUAUGUAAAUCGAUCAUUGGAAUUGAUCAAAAUAUAGUCAAAUUGAGCAAACAGUUACCAAAUCGAAUGACUAUUUGUCAAAUUGAAUAUCAUAUUAUACCCAUUUGCCGCACUUGCGAUUCAAUCAACAACUAUUCAAAUCGGACAUACAUACUAUACUAAUUCAAAACAAGCAAGUUUUUUAAGUUUUGAUAUAGGUAAUGAGAACCAUAUUGGUGUCCUAGUGAUAAUUUUAUGCCACAAUAGCCACAGGCAGAAAAAUUAGGGAGGUGAGGCUUGGGAAAGGAAAAACGCCGCACCUCAACACCUUAAAAUCGCCAGCUAUUGUAUGCAGGCUAGUGCACCCGCAACUUGAUUGGGUAAUGCUUAAUAACUUUACUAGAACAUGAGCUGACAGUGUAUAUUUCUAUGGACACAGUGAAUUUGUUAAUAACUAUAAAAGUUCUGUAAUUACAGUAUAUACCGUAACAACUAUUAAUAGUAGCUGAGAAAUAAAAUUUUGGAGGAGGUUACUAGCUCGCUUUAAGUCUGCCUCUCAAAGGGUUUUUAUUUGGGGUAUAAAUGAGGGACAAGAGGUUUUUAUUUGGGUUAUGAAAUCUCUUUUCCCUCCUGUAUAAACGUCCUUUGAGGCAGACUUGGAGUCUAGGAGGUACCCAAUAUUCACAAUAUUUUAUUGAUUUGCAAUAGGAACACAGAAGACAAAUUGUCAGUGCCCUAAAGAUUCAAGCAUUUCUUCGAGGACAUUGGAUCCGACAAAGAGAGGUGUUAUUUACAAAUUAAAUUUUGUAUCAAUUAAAUAAAUGCAUAUCGGAUCCAGGGGCGGCGCUAACCCUCUUGGGUUAGGGGGGUGAGUGAUCUUUUGCCGACUGUUGUUUGGUAAUUUUGCCGAGUCAUUGGCGGAUUAGCCUAUAGUAAAUGUGCAUGUUUAAAUGCUCUUUAUUACCCUCUAUUAAGCCGGUUUUCCACUAGCGAAUUUUUCCGCGCGAAGCGACCUUUUUCCUUUGUCGGCAUCCAUUUUGUAGCCCUCGAAAACCGUCAAAAUUGAGGUCGGCGAAAAAGGGCCGACCCAAAUCUGACCUAGGUCGGCACGUCUCGGCAUUUCUUAAAAUCUGUUUCACGUCUUGGAGCACUAGUAAUCACGCAUUUACGCAUCAUUGAAAUCGGAAUAUAACUGGAACGUUACCUCCAGCCAGCCACGUACUCAGGCGCAAAUAAUGUACUAAAAAUAGCAACACUACAGUGUAUUUAUAUAGAUCAGUGGCUACGAUGAGCGAGCGCGCGGGGGUGCUUGGGUCCUGAACUCCAGCCGGAAAAUUCGAAAGUUGAAGCCAAAUUUUAACUCUGGACGCGCGAAAUUUGAUCUUCAGACACCUAACGUAUAUACACAAUACCCAUCAAUUUUUAAACCUUACACCGCAGUGUGUUCAGUUAAUCGAACUACGAAUCGAAUUCUAUAAUCGCUGACUUUUUAGCAGCUACCAGCACCAAAAAAUUCUUACUUUGGUUGAAUUAAGGUCGGCAAAAAUUUGCUGACCUUGGAAUGCCGACCUCGUUUUCGAGGACUGAUUUUGCCACGUCUUGCUGACGUAAUAAGUGAUACCGACAAAGGAAAAGGUCGCUUCGUGCGAAAAAAUUCGCUAGUUGAAGACCGACCGCUUUAUUGUCUCUUUUAUAGAACAGUAUAAUAAGCAACAACAACUGAACAACAACAACCACCAAACAAAUUUAGUUAGAAAGAAUUUGCAUUGCUGCAUGUGUGGUUUCUUUGAUGCAUGCUAGUCGUGAUAUUCGGUUUGAAUUCAAUUAUUCAGGAAGUCAAUUUUGGUUUCUUCAGUGGUUAUCUUUAGCCUAUCCAGUUUUGCCGACUGAGAUAAUAAUUUGCCGAUUUGCUGACGAGUGGGGGGGGGGGGGGUGUCCCCCGCUACACCCCUCUGUAGCGCCGCCCCUGAUCAGAUCUUAUCGAAGUGAAUAUGUACUAGAUAAAACAUGAGCAGCCGAUCUGUGUCUGAUAUUCAAACUCAAGCCGAAGGCGAGAGUUUGUGUAUCAGAUACAGAUCGGAUGCGAAUGUUUUAUCGUACUUUAAAAACGACCCAUCUUAUGAGUUCGUUGGCGAAGUAAUUUUAAAAAUAAACAUUGUCUAAGUCGAGAAAAUCAAAGCUGAAGUUUAUGUAAAUCAGGACAAAUCUUUAUCCGAUUUACAAACAUUGAUUAAACAUUCAUUUCUUAUGCUUCGUGCUGAAUGCAUACAUUGUGUAGUAUAGUACUAGAGUUGUGCAAUUUAAACAAUUAAUACUUACUUACAGUAAUUAUUACUUUUAUUAAUUACUGUAAGAAAUUGCAUGGAAGUAACUUUUAAUUAUUUAUUAUUGAAGUAUGAUGUUCGAAGAGAAGAUUUUGAUGCCAUUUUGGUCAAACUUAAAGCAAGCCAACAUCCAGAUAUCGUCACAAUUCAUUUAUUGCUCAGUUAUUUACUCUUCUUCUACUCAAAUUGCAAAGACUCUGAGCGAUUGGUGAGUGACAUGUACACAGCAACGCGAGACUUCUUUGAAGCUUAUCAACAAGUUGCCUACCCUGGAUCAGGGGGUUCAAGUUACCCAACAAUGCCAUAUGAAAUACAUUUUAGCCAGGCUCGAUAGAUCUACAUAGUUACUACACUGUAUACUGUAUAAUUUUAUGUAUCAACAAUUCAACAUUUUGAGACAUUUAAAUAUUUGUUUCUAUACGGGGUAUAUUCUUGGACUUAGAAACAGACUUACAUAGAAUAAAAAAUAUUCUAAUCACUCGAGCUUCGCCCUGGUUGUUUUAGUACCUUCUGUGAUUAAAUGUUGAUCGUAUAAAAAAACGAAGAAACACAAUUUGAAAAAAGUUUAAAACUUACCUUUCCACAGGCAUCCACACUCAUAAGCGUUCUUUCACAUCUCAGUAACACUCUGCCACACAGCUUCCGUUGAUGACAUCGAAAUUCUUUGGGUUCCUGCACGGCUGCGCCAUCCCUGAUGAACUUCUAACUCGCAAAAGUCUUUUAAUUAAUUUCCAAGUUCUGUUCCUCUUUUCCUACUCUACUUCCCGCCAUCACACUCAUUUCUUCUUUUCUACUGUAUGUCUGUGGUUGUAAUUUUUAAAAUAUACCUUCAUUGUAAUGAAAUAUACAACAGUAGUGACUAAAUUCUGUUCAUAGUUCAUUUUAAUUUUACUGUUGGUCUGAAGAUGUCUUGAGUGAAGACGAAGCGUCACUUUUAAUAAAACUUAUGUAAAUAUAUUUAUUUAAAGUAUUACAGUAUACUGACUCUUAUUUUCAUGAGAAGAAUAGGUUUCCGGCCAGGAAAGUCACUCUUGACAAAAUUUUUACUUGGACACCGUUACAAAUACAGGGUUUACACUUCAAUAAUUUUCUUUUCGUUGUAGAUAAGUAUGUGCCAGUUAUUGCUGAAGAAUAGUAAAAAUUUAACAGUUCUAGACCACAAGCGAUGGACAUUCCAGAUUAAACAAUUUUUAUGCCUUUGUUCCAGGUACUGUUUAACAUUUGCUUUUCUCGCUAACGUCUUGCAGGAUAUGUUAUUAACGACCAUUCUAUUAUAAUUGUGUUACCACCUUGAUAUUAGUGAUGUUCAGAUUUGACUUCCACUUCGCCAUACAUAUAUAUAUAAUGACGUAAAUAUACGGUCAAAUUUUCCAUUGUCAGAACCCAAAAUAAUACAAAUUAUUUUGUAUGAAAGCACGUACAUUGUACCUUACAUUUGCUGUGCUCGGAUAUUAGUGACUGUAACUCUCAGUUUUAUUUUUGCAUUUUUACCGUGCCUUUUAUUUAUUCAUAGAAAUUUAAAAGAAGCUGUUGAAACAAAACGAGCAUUUGCAAUCCCUUUACGUACACUCGAAGUAUUCACCUCGCCCACAUGGUAUGACCACAUGACUGAAUACAAUAGAGAGGAACAUGCGACGUCUGUUUCCAUGCAUUUGGCUAAACAUGGUGGGUUGAAAUCCUCUAGUACUGUACAUGUACAUCUUUUCUUCUCUUGCUUAUAUAUUUCGCUACAAGUACGGGAUACUUUAUUCCCGCUCCAAUUUUAGAGGGGCUAUUGUUUUAAAAUCAUCAUCAGUCUUCCGGGAGAUCGGUGAAUCGAUUGGUUUUCCGCUACCAGGUCUGUCGAUCGAGCAUAUAGCUGGCUCAAAGAUAUCUCCUGGAAGACAUUUCUUCCUAGCACACUUCUUAUAA